UGGGGUCGGGGAGGAGUCGCCUUGCUCCUCCGGAAGGCUUCGCCUUCAGCCAAUCACCGCUCGAGGCCCGCCCCCGUCGCCGGAAGGAGCCGUCGCCCCUAGCAACUACAACGUCCGGCUUUCUGAGUUGGGUGGCGGGAAAGGCGAUGAGUAAAGGCCGGGCAGAAACUGCGGCGGGAGCCGCCGGGAUCCUCCUGAGGUACCUGCAGGAGCAGAACCGGCCCUACAGCGCUCAGGAUGUGUUCGGGAACCUGCAGCGGGAACACGGACUGGGCAAGGCGGUGGUGGUGAAGACGCUGGAGCAGCUGGCGCAACAAGGCAAGAUCAAAGAGAAGAUGUACGGCAAGCAGAAGAUCUAUUUUGCAGAUCAGGACCAGUUUGACAUGGUGAGUGAUGCUGACCUUCAAGACCUAGAUGGCAAAAUCGUGGCCCUCACUGCUAAGGUGCAGAGCUUGCAGCAGAGCUGCCGCUACAUGGAGGCUGAGCUCAAGGAAUUAUCUAGUGCCCUGACCACACCAGAGAUGCAGAAAGAAAUCCAGGAGUUAAAGAAGGAAUGCGCUGGCUACAGAGAGAGAUUGAAGAACAUUAAAGCAGCUACCAAUCAUGUGACUCCAGAAGAGAAAGAGCAGGUAUACAGAGAGAGGCAGAAGUACUGUAAGGAGUGGAGGAAGAGGAAGAGGAUGGCUACAGAGCUGUCUGAUGCAAUACUUGAAGGAUACCCCAAGAGCAAGAAGCAGUUCUUUGAGGAAGUUGGGAUAGAGACGGAUGAAGAUUACAACGUCACACUCCCAGACCCCUGAGGGGCCCACGGUCGGGACUGGUGGGGACUGCAGAAUGUCAGAAGAGUGAGAUGUCUUGCACUGGCUACCUUGUUUUUGGUUGGCUUUUGUUGUUGUUCCUGCUACUUUUCACCUUUAAGCAGAGCAGUCAGGAGACAGGCAUAAACCAGAGCACUGGGUGGAGGAUGAGGGCUGGUGGCUGGGGGUAGGCCCAGCCCAUUUCGUUGUCUAAACUGCAGUAGCUUGAGGUUAACAUUUAGACUUGGAACAAUGCUAAAGGAAAGCAUUUGGCAAUAUUUAUUAUAAUUUAAUUUGAUAUAAAAAUAUUUAAUUUCCUCUGGAUAGUCAAACCUGCCAGAUAUCAAACCUGAGGAAGGCAGAAGUAAACUUGGAGAACUAGGGUAGAGAGAGGUUGCUAUAAAACGAGCAUUUGGAGGGCCCACGGCUUCACUCAGGACCUGCUGGGCUUGUGUACCCCAGGAGCCCUUUUGAAUAUCUUUUGUACGCUUUUCACCCCACCCCCAAGUCCUGGGAGAAAUGCAGGCAACACUGAGACAUGGGAGAGGCCAAGAUAUGCUUGACAGAAAGGGUGAUUUUGAGGCCCAGUUAAUAUUUCAAAAUUGUAACCGUAGCAAAACUGCAUUGGUAUUUAGAAAAAUUAAAAAUUUCCAGUAUGUAGUGCUGUGUUAAACCUGCCUCUGCCGUGCAGCAUCACAGCCUGUGGGAACCGGGAGGGCUUCCCUUAUCACCCAGAGCAGAGGAGGAAGGUGAUGGAAUAUGGGGUGAGGGGAGGAACCUGGUGGCCCCUCCCUGAGAUGGCCAGAAAGCCCUUGGCCUCACCUGGAACUGACCAGGCACAAGGUGCCCUUUCACCCUUCAUGGCUGGGGGAAUAUUUCCUCUUACUCUUUUUCUCCCAUACAGCUACUGCCAAAAUGCCCCAACUUGGGCCAGAUGUUGCCCAAGAGACCAAAACAGAGGAAAACAGUGGAAAACAGUUUCCAAAUCUAUGUAGCUCAUGAGCAGAAAUCUGAGGCUUGAAGAAAGGGCUGAGAGGGCAGGACCUCUUUGGGGUGUCCAGAGCAGACUCCCAUCCCAAGGACUUCCAUGGAGUGGGGGGAAGGCUGGGUAGGUUUGAGUUUUAUCGUCAAUAUAAUAAAUUAAUCAGAAGCUUUCACAAAACAAACACCGCAGCUCCGCUGAAGAUAAAAUGGGGCUGGGAAAACCAAACACCAAGUAGAAACCAGCUGACCAGUGUGAGGUGUUGUAGUCCAAUCUCCUGGGCCCAGCAGUUCAGUGGCCAAGUAGAGAUUCAAGGGCCUCUUGUUGGCUGUUCUGCAGGUUUCCAAGAACCGGUCAGUAAAGCUGGUUUUUCAAUUGGUGCAGGACGCCAAUCACAAUCUCCCGCAGGGUCUGGUGAGGGCAGCAGAGGAAGAAAUAGACAAUGCCCAGGUCAGCACAGAGUAGUUUCCAAGAUGCCUGCCUAGAUCAGCCAUGUACUUUAGAAAAGUGCUUUAAAAAUAGCCCCCCCGGGGGCCAGGUGUGGUGGCUAACGCCUAUAAUCCCAGCACUUGGGAGGCCAAGGCGGGUGGAUCACCUGAGUUUCAAGACCAGCCUGGCCAAUAUAGUGAAACCCCGUCUCUACUAAAAAUACAAAAAUUAGGUGUGGUGGUGCAUGCCUGUAAUCCCAGCUACACAGGAGGCUGAGGUAUGAGAAUCGCCUGAACCCAGGAGGUGGAGGUUGCAGUGAGCUGAGAUCACACCACUGCACUCCAGCCUUGGUGACAGAGUGAGACUCCGUCUCAAAAAAAAAAAAAAAGCCCCCAGGAAGUACUGAUGUCUGCAGUUUAAUUUGAGGUGCUCCUGAAGCAGGAUGGAGAGAUGGAAAUACAGUAAAAUGUUUCGGUAAAAUUUAGGGAGUGGGUAUACAAGUGUUCACUGUGAACUCCUCUCAACAUCGCAAUAUGUUUAAUGUGUUUCACAAUAAAAAUGUUGGGAAACGAGGCCAGGCA